UGACAGUCGUUUUUGCUUAAAACGUUUACAUGUUCGAAUCGCACGCUUGCGUUUUGCAACAAAACUGGUGAUGGUAUUAAGUAUCCAAUACGGCCGCAUGUGCAUGCACAUGUUGAAAAGGACGCGCCAAACGGUGUCGCAUCUCAGUCCUAACGCGGGCUUUUCGGGUUAAAGGUUGACGUCCUCUACGAAGUUAUAGUGCGUCGCGACGCGGCUCUUUCUAUUAUUGAUGCAGCGAAAGUUUCUUGUUUUUCUGGGUUAGCGGUGUUAUCGCCCCCAUAGCUAUCCGGAACAUCCCUACAAAACACGCAGUCUUAACUAAGAUUCAUAUCAGUCAAACUGCUUUGUGGCUGUGUUCGUGUGUCUAGCAUUCAUGCUGAAAAUAUGUUGUGUCUGGAUAUGAGACUAGUUCAACGUUUGCGAGGAGAAAGAACCGAUAACGCAUCCUCCAGAGAUCGUUCAAAGAGCGUUUGUGUUACCAGCUUUAGGAGUAAGCCACCUCGUGAUGUCAGUGCCCUUAAACUAUUUCAUCGAAGAGCCAGCAGUGCUAUUUCAACUGCAAGUGAUUUAAUAUCGCGACGAGGCGUAUUCUCUCGCAGAUAUUACGGAUCCGUAGAACAGUUGCAACAGGCUGAAGGUGAUGGCCAGGAAUUGUGUAGGCGAUUUCGUUUGGAAAAUGGAGAAUCUCCAGGCGAAAAAGACGAGAUGUUUGGUUCGCCAAGUACGCCGGUACUGGAAAAUCCGGAAUAUCAGACGCGAUGGUACUUCAAAUAUUUCCUCGGUAAACUUCAUCAAAAUUACGUAGGUUUUGAUAGUGACAAAACUCCGUUCUUCCUUAGUAUUGUUCUUAACGAAGACACAAAUCAAUGUGUCCCUUUAUAUCGAGCAAUUCUAUUCAGGAAAACGGGCGCACAGAAAAUUUCUCUACCAUACGCACACAACAAAUUACUGACAGUGAAACAUAUUUUAUCGAAUUUUCCGUAUUUCGAAAAAGUAGAAAAAGGACCAAAAGAGAUAUUCACUCCAGACAUACAAAAGGAUUUACUUCUCUUAGAGGAGCAAGAGGGCUCAGUAAAUUUCAAAUUUGGCGUUAUCUACAUGCGUCAGGGUCAAAUAACAGACGAUGAAAUUUUAAGCAAUGAGUUUGGCAGCUUACAAUUUAAUAAGUUUCUUUCCUUACUGGGAGAAAAAAUUCAGUUACGCGGUUGGGACAAGUAUCGCGGAGGACUGGAUGUCAAAGGCGACAUGACAGGAAGGCAUUCCGUGUAUACAAUAUAUGAGGGUCAUGAGAUUAUGUUCCACGUUUCAACUCUUCUCCCAUACUCUCGCGAUAACAAACAACAAGUUGAAAGAAAAAGGCAUAUAGGUAACGACAUUGUUAACAUCGUGUUCGUUGAUGACGUGGAUGGCAAGGGCCUCAACGUAUUCAAUCCGACUUGCAUCAAAUCUCAGUUUACACAUAUAUUUGCAGUGAUUAAUUUAGAUAAGAACAAUCGAUACAGGCUCUCUGUGUUCUCGGAUGAAGCGGUACCUUUAUUUGGCCCCAGUUUACCCUGUCCUCCAGUUUUUGAGCAUGCCGAAGUAUUUCGAGACUUUCUACUGAUAAAGUUGAUAAACGGAGAGAAAGCUACAUUCGAAACACCAACAUUCGCUAAAAAGCGAAAACGUACUCUUGAUUUGCUUAUCAAAGAUCUUUAUACUGAGCACAUGACGGAUUCCCGAAUGACGAUGUUAAACAGGCGAGCCUUCUCCGACGUUCUUGCAGAGACGCCUAGACAUUCUCGCAUGAAAGAAGAUUCUCGGCAAAUAGAAUUCGUACGUAUUGGGCAAGCAUUGAAAUUGGAAGCAAUAGUCAGAGGCGAUGCGCCAACUAGUCUUGCUUCCGCUGGAAGUGCUGGUACUGUUUUUAAAAGAUCCCCUUGGGAAGCAAAUUGUUUCUAUCCUGUAUUUCCUGCAACUACUAUAUUCGCUUCCGACUCCUGGAGUGACAACCGUUUAGUCACUGCAACUGACGAAGGAGUAUAUCUAGUCGAAGACGGAAAUUCACAUCGAUUAUUAUUCGAUAAAACUCUUCAGGUGCGUCAAGUUAAUGUUGUAGAACCGCAUGGAAUACUUCUCUUAAGAGCAGGACAAUCUAACAAGGAAAGUAAAGUGUACGUAUUUCGAUUGUCCCAAUUGGAAAUUAUAUUUGAACCGAUGUCAAGAAUAGAUGUUAAGGACCAUCGUCUUGAAAGAACAAGAGGUGCACAUCUAUAUUCUUUAUCUCGUCCAGGAGGAUCGCGUUUAAGAAUGGCUGUAGCAAUUGGAAAGAAGCUUAUUUUAUUCCAGUGGAAACAUUCUGCAGCUUGGACGGCCUGGUGUCCAAGCAGUGAUACAGAUACCAUAGAAGGAUUCAAUUUAUUAUGGGAGAUUAAUUUGAAUGAAAUCCCUAACUUAAUGACUAUAUUGGACAACGGUUGGACACCAAAUUCACCAUCACAUAGCGAUAUUUUAGUUUGCGUGGGUUACAAAAACCAUUGGGACAUAGUAAAUGGACGAUCAGGAUACGCACAUCAUUUACAUACAGUGCGGGGAGAUAGAGUUAAUUUAAUAACUGCCUUGGAUUUGUAUGAAGAUCAGGAAGUGCAACUUUUACUAUGUUACAAUCAUACUUGCCACUUUCAGAAGAUUAACGAAGAAAAUACAAAGAGUACCGAAUACGAUUUCCAUUGGAAUUUUGUUCCAAGUGAUAUAGUGUGUGUAUUCCCGUACGUCAUAGGAUUCACAUCAAACGUAAUGGAAAUUCGGCUGAUAGUAAAUGGGAAUCUGGUACAUUCAAUGACAAUGCCGAAUCUACAAUUAAUUGCAUCAAAAAAUGACAUAUUCUUUUCGACAACAGCCCCAGAAUUUUUUCCUGGUCGAAGCGAUCGUCUUGAUGUUGAUUGCAAGCUUCUUGAACAGAAGCACAGUCCUCCUAGCCCAAAUAAUUCGCCGGAAGCUAGGCCAUUAAGGAUCUAUAAAAUACCUCUUCAUGCAUUAAACAAAAAUAACAGUAACGAUCAAUGCACAUCGAAUGAAAUUCCAACUUGGAACAAUGGAGAUACAAAAUUGACAGUUCCUGAACAGCCGAGAGUAUCCAGAAGUGCAACCAGUUCUCCUAUUCCUCCUUCUAAAGUCAAACUAGCAACAGUAAAGUAAUUUGAAAUGUCACACUAUAUUUAAUAGCUUCAAAUAACUGUA